ACUUCACCUCUUUUUUAUGCCUCCCUUUAUGGACCUCGAAAAAUGAACAUUCAAACGAGUCUGCUUUCCUGAAUGAUUGCGGAUGUUUAGUUCUCUUAUAUAUAUAUGAUGUUUACGAUCAUCUAAUUCAUUUUCAUCUUAGCAAUUUAUCUAUAAAAAAUAUAUAUAUUCAAUCCACUACUAUUUCUUUGUUCAUCUCGUUUCGUUUGUUCGCUUUCAUCCUGUUUUUGUUGUUUGUUGACAUAUCGCUUCCCCUACUACGAAUGCAUAAACAUAACGACUCGAUUACGAUACCAUAAACAUAAACUCAGGAUUUCCUCAACUUGAAUGCUCAUUGCGAAAAUUACUUUCUUUCCACUAUUCUGUGAUCAUUAUAUAUACUUAUUCUCCUCGAUAUGCAAAAUGGAUUCCUUCCACAACCGAAUGACUUCAAUUGAUCGUGCUUCUGUUGGAUCUAUUCUAACAGGGGCCGAUCAACCCACUGAAGUGACCUUACCAAGUCCACAUAUUGGUGCUUCACCCAAUAGAGUAAAUUUCUCUGUAAAGGAACCACCUCGACCCGUUGUACGACCAGUUCGUGCACUAUCAUAUACUUCUAGAAGACCAAAUCGACUUUCGCUCACUUUCCCUGUUGCUCCAAGCAACGGCCUUGAAUCAGCCAGAGUUACUCCAACAUCGUCAAAUACUCCGUCAGUUCCUGCCACUCCCGCCGACCCAAAUGUUAUCGUAUCACCAAAUGAUCCAAACGGUUUCCUGGUUGCCCUGGCUAGUCAGGAAAGAAGGGUUUUCGAACUUAAGGAGGAACUUAGCAAAGCUGAGACUGAACUUAAGCAGUUGAAAACACAAUGGGCACUUCAUGAAGCAACAAAGAAGAGAGCGGAAAUUCGCCAUGUCGAGAAGCUUCAACCUGUGCAGACUGAGCGCGGGUCUCCCGAAAAAAAUGCAUUAACGACUCCGAAACAAAGUAUAGAUAUGGAUCGAAAGAAAGCUUUUCUUGCCAAUCUUCCUCAAUUGCCGAAAGAUCAGAAAAAUCCACGAAGGAAAAUCAUUACCGGUGGUCAUACUCGUACCCUUUCUCUCCUAUCUCCUGAAAGGAUGACGCGCAAUUCUCCCGUCAACGAAGUGAAUGGCACAACCUCGAUCGACCUCCCAAGAAGUACUACUAUGCCAGAUACGAGUAUUGGUAUUUCUAGGGUCAACACAAACCGAGCAAACCGACAUUCAUAUCAAGGAGGAUUGGGAGUAACACAUGGGGUGAAGCAGAUUACAGAAGAUGUCAAGGCCGGGCUAUGGAAUUUUCUGGAGGACCUCCGCCAAGCUACAGUAGGCGAAGAGGCAGUCAAUGGCAAAGCGAGCAAACGAUCAAGCUUCGAUGCGACACAACGUGGGCUCAAUAAGCGAAUCAGCAAGGGUAGUUUGCGUGGACGACGAGGAAAAUCACCAAGACCAGAUCCAUCAUCACAAAGGACAUGGGACUCUUUGACUGGUAGUAAUCCUGCCCUCUUGGAUCUAGGAGGCGCAUUAUGGCAAGACCCCAAUACUCUUGCGGCACCGAUGAAACCUACGAACGUUCAGAAGAAAAGCGCAAGACCAAUUUCCUUCCCCACAGCUACCAUUGAUGAUGACGAUUGGUCAAACUGGGAUUCUCCAACUCCCAAAUCGCCUAUGAGAUGGAGCGGCAGUUCCACACUAUCAGGUCCAGUGACCCCAGGAACCACAAGCAGUGAAGAUGAAGUAAAGUGAGCAUUUCAUUCUGUCAUUGACAAAGAAAUAAUCCACUAACAACUAUAUAGCAUUCUGGACCAACACCACCCGCCCGAAUCGCCCUCAAAAACGGAUGAGAUCCAAUGGCCUGCACUCGAUAACUUAAAACCGGGUAAUCUUAAGAAAACUAUAUCCACAGCGAUGAAAGAAUGGGAAAAGAGUCUCGAUCCACCUCCUGAAGAAACACAUUCGGAAGAUUUCCUCACCGGUUCUCCUCGUGUUAAUGGAAGACGAGAAAGAGAGCGGGGUAUUGUUGCAAGUGAUGCACAAUCUUGAUGUGUGUGUGGAGUAACCGGCUGGUAGAUAUUCUGGGUAUUCUUAUGAUAAUGUUUUUGUUUCCUGCGUGUAAUGUAUGGGAUGGGAUGAAACUGGUGAAUUGGAUGGGAUAGGAUGGGUUGGAAUGGAAUCAAUGGAAUCGGCAGGUUACGAGAUGAGAUAGAUUGUUGUUACUUUUUUAUCUACUAGAUACCAUCAGCGUACCUACCUAGCUACCUAGGCAAACAGAUCAGAUAUCUCUCGGGUGAUUGAUGAUGGAUGGAUGAUUUUGAUGAAGGAAUGAAAAAUCACUUUUUUUUUUGGUCUG